AUUAACUCGAAGAAGAUUUAAAUUAGAACAAUACUUUUCUGUUUUUCAUUGUAAUUUUACUAGUAUAAAUGAAACACUUCGUCUACACCACGUGUUAAGAAAAGGUAACGGCUGUACAAAAUGGUAAACGGACGAAUUCCGUCAGUCUUCUCGAAGACUUAUGUUACACCCAGAAGACCUUAUGAAAAGGCUCGUUUAGACCAAGAAUUACGAAUUAUCGGUGAAUAUGGUCUUCGUAACAAACGUGAAGUAUGGAGAGUUAAGUACACUUUGGCAAAUAUCAGAAAAGCCGCUCGUGAGCUACUUACUCUGGAAGAGAAGGACCCCAAACGUCUAUUCGAAGGUAAUGCCCUGUUGCGUCGUUUGGUGAGAAUUGGUGUAUUGGACGAGAGCCGCAUGAAGCUUGAUUAUGUGCUUGGUUUGAAGAUUGAAGAUUUCUUAGAGAGGCGUCUUCAAACCCAAGUAUUCAAAUUGGGUCUUGCUAAGUCUAUUCAUCAUGCACGUGUACUCAUUCGUCAACGUCACAUUCGAGUGCGAAAACAGGUGGUGAACAUUCCAUCCUUCAUCGUCCGUUUAGAUUCACAAAAGCACAUUGAUUUCUCACUGAAAUCUCCAUUUGGUGGUGGCAGACCUGGCCGCGUAAAGAGGAAGAACCUACGUAAGGGAAGUGGUGGAGCUGCUCCAGAGGAAGAAGAAGAUUAAA